AUGGGAAAAAAGGCCAAGUGGCGACCUCGGACCAAACGGGCCGGGGAGCAAGUCAGAGCUAGAACCCAGUACUACACGGAGGUCCAGGAGACCGAGCAACAAGCCAUAACGAGCGAGGCCAACGUAGAGGGAGAGCUGAGCGCUUUCCUGGGCGCGGAGAAGCGCCCUUACGGGAGCGGGCAGUACUGGUUACGUUCCAGCAAGCAAGGUCUUGCGGAUGCCGUGGGUAGGGUUGGCGGUGCGUUGACCGGGCAAACUGACGUCACGACCAUCGACGGCGCUCUGAAGUUUCACGCGAAUGGCCCCAUGCAGCCGUUCGUUGGCGACCAUGGUCUCACUGCGUUCAACUUCUCACAACAGACCCGUGAGUCUAUCAAGCUGCCGUCAACGCCGCCCGCGGCUCCACGCGCGUCGGAUAUGGCGGGUCAGUGCAGCGCACGUGCUGCCGUGUCUUUCAUGUGUUCACCGUCUGGCACAGCUACGAGAUGCGCGGAGCACUCCGUAUGCGCCUGGAGCAACCCACGCAGUUUUGACGUGAAAAGGGCUUUCUUGUGCUACAGCUGCGGCGAGUGCGGCAUCCAAGAGGCCACCAUUACAGCCACCUGCGUCAGUUGCGUCGGUGGCAAUGCCCGCACCCCUGCCGCCGCCGCCGCCUCCUGUGACCGCUCCGACGGGACCGCCUGGUCCGCCGCCACGUCCGCCGUCGCGGGGCCCGCGCAGAUGAAGGUCACGGGUGCGCGCGAUUGUGGAGCGCCUUCGCAACGCGAAACCGUGGACACUUUGGAGAUGUACAACGACUGGCGUUACUCCGAGGAUGCGCGGAACCCGCGCGCCACGGUCCCUGGCUACAAGUUCGAGCACAGGAAAAAAGCAGGCAAGGCGGAGAACCGUUACGACAGGUGGGUGGAGGACGUACUGCCGCAACUCUGCGCGUGGAAGCAAGACGCUUACGGGGCCUCGCCGGAGCCGUUGCGCACGAUCACCUUCGGGCGCAAGCGGCGGCUGAUCGCGGAGGCGGGGUCCUCGCGCCGCGAGGGAAGACGCUGGCAGAAGCCGGUCAAGCAGAUUGUCGACGCCAACACGGUCAUCGCGAUGCAGGUGCGGCCGCGGCAGCGGGCUGGGCAUGGCGGGCGUCGGCGGCAGGGCCCCGAGGAGCCGCGCACGGCGCGCCCGCGCGCCGCGUCGAGCUGCAGCAGGUGCCCUGGGACGCUGCGGCGGGCCUCGUGGGCGGGAGCCCGCCGACCCCGCAGGCGACCGAGGCGCCCUUUGUCCCCGGGCAGGGCUACGCCGGCUACGAGGAGGACCUGGAGCGGUACAACAGCCUGUUCAACGACGAUCCCGAGCGAGAGGCGGCGGAGGGCACGUACGAGGCGGCCCCUGACAGCACCGCGGGCUAUGCCUUCGCCAAUCCGGCUCUCGGGCGGGGCCAGCUCCGUGGAGCCCGCCGCGGCGCUGGCGCACGCCGUGGCGCCAGGAGCCUCCGUGCUCUACAACGGGUCGGAGUAUGCCAGAUAUCCAGCCGCUGCGGCUGGAACGACGCUGCCUGCGCUGGCUACCUCUUCGAUUCCAGCGUACGCAGCUGUCGCACAGGCAUUUCCAACGAGCACGGCGACAGCGAUACCAACCACCACGACAGAAACGAGCUCCACAACAACAAUGUUGCGAAGCCUGUUCUGCUUCGCGCUGAUGAUGCCGAGCGGGGACGAAGUCUCGCUGAUGCGGGAGCUGCUCCGGAAGAGCCAGGGCAUCUUCUUGUGCGACAGCUACUCCGUGUUCAGCAGCGAGGACGUGGAGCUGAGCGCAGGACCGCCGGCCCGGAUCGGCACCGAGAUCAUCGGCUCUCCCGCCGAGAGG